CUUUCUUCAACCCAUCCAAAUCCACCGCUAUUUAAACCCUCUCUUCUCGCUCCCCCCUCUCCCUCAAGAAACCCUAACCCUAGAUCGUAUCGUCUUCUUUGCAACCCUAGCCCAAGAUCCAUGGCUUCGCGAACCCUAGAAAUCACCCUCAUCUCCGCCAAAGACCUCAAGGACGUCAACCUCUUCUCCAAGAUGGAGGUCUACGCCGUCGUAUCCAUCGACGGCGACCGCCGCAGCGUGCAGCGCACCACCCCUGAUCGCCACGGCGGCACCAACCCAGCCUGGAACGCCACUCUUCGCCUCCCCCUUCCCCCUGACGAUCCCGCCCGCCAUGUCGUCGUCAUCGUCCUCCGUGCUGAGCGUGCCCUCGGCGAUCGCGAUGUCGGCGAGGUCCAUAUCCCUCUUACAGAGUUCCUCUCCGGCUCCGGCGACGGUAAGACCCCUCAAUUCGUUAGCUACCAGGUCCGUAAGCCGUCCGGGAAAGGCAAGGGGGUUCUUAAUAUCUCCUUCAAGAUCUCUGAUGCCGUCGCUGCCACAUCGAUGCCACCAUCUGUCUACUCUUCGACAACGGCCUACACUCCACCAUCGAAGGCCGCUGAUCAACCACAAGCGUACCCUCCACCGGCAGCGAAGGCCAACGAUUACACUCCGGCUUAUCCUCCGGCAGCGAAGGCCAAUGAAUACACUCCGGCUUAUCCUCCCGCAGCGAAGGCCAGCGAUUAUCCCCAGGCUUAUCCUCCCGCAGCGUCCUACCCUCCCUCUUCGUCCUACCCUUCAUACCCUCCUCCAUCUAAGGGAUCCAAGGUCGAUGAACCAGUAACCGCGUACCCCGCUGGUCCAAGCGCUUACCCGCCGCAUGCAACGGCGGUUCCGUACGGGCAGCCACAAGGAUACCCGGCGUACACAUCAGGAUACGGGUAUCAGCAGCCGCCGCCGCCUCCGGCGGGAUACGGCUACGGUGCUCCACCUCCGGGGUAUGCAUACAGCGCUGUGCCACCAAAGGCCCAAAAGAAGAACAAGUUCGGGAUGGGUCUUGGAGCCGGUCUUCUCGGUGGUGCCCUCGGCGGGCUUCUCAUCGGCGAUAUGAUCUCCGACGACGGCGCUUACGAUGCCGGCUACGACGCUGGCUUUGACGAUGGCUUUGGUUUCUAGACUUUUUUUGUUUUUUGUUUUUGUUCUUUUUAUACAUAAAUAAUUAGAUUUUUAAUAAAAUGCUGAGGUUGUGCAUACACUGAAUAGGUCUUGAUGCUUUGCUUAUUUUUCGUGGAUGAAGACAAAGAUGAAAUAUUAGUUUGUUGACUCUUUUUGUAUUA